AUGGCUGAAGCCAAGGGCCAGCAGGCCACCGCAGAUGCUAUCGCCACGCCGUCUGUCAACAUACAAUAUGGCGGUGAAGACAGGUUCGUAUUAGAACUGGAAUUUGUGCAAAUGCUGGCGAACCCACACUACCUCAGCCACCUGGCCACUCAAAAGCUGCUUGACAAUGAAGAGUUCAUAGCGUAUCUCGACUACCUGCAGUACUUCCGGCAGCCAAAGUACCUCCGAUAUCUACAAUAUCCUACUCCAACUCUACGUGCCUUGGAGUUGCUGCAGGAGGAGAGCUUUCGCAAGGCCAUCUUGAUACCGGGCGUCGUCGAACAGAUGAACACAGAAGGAUUCCAGGCGGCACUGGCCAUGUCAUGA